UCUGCUGAGGAUGCACGGAUGAAAGACGACACUUUAUCGCAAAAUUCAAGACUUCCCAGUGAGGAAAGACUGCAAUAGUACCACAGGGAAUACUGUGAAUACUGUCAUUGGCAAUGUACUGUACCUGCUGCUAGGAGGCUCGUAAGGAAAGUGAAAGUAACUUGACAGUAUAGAGAGGAACUAACUGCAACAUGGCGUCUAAAUUACAGGAAGAUCUGUCGUGUCCCGUCUGCAAAGAUAUAUUUAAAGAUCCAGUCAUCCUGUCAUGUAAGCACAGCUUCUGUAAUGACUGUUUACAGAAAUACUGGGCAAACAAAAAUGAUUUGGGGUGUCCGGUCUGCAAGAGGAAGUCUUCAAAGGAGUGUCCACCUGUUUAUUUUGAGCUGAAGAAGCGUUGUGAGGCUUUCUUACAGGAGCGAGCCUCUGAGCCCGUCUGCAGUCUGCACUCUGAGAAACUCAGCAUCUUCUGUGUGGAUGAGCAGCUGCUACUGUGCAGAUACUGCACAGAUCAAGAAGCUCACAGAAACCACCGUUUCCAGUCUGUUGAUGAAGCAUCUCAGGACCACAAGAAAAAACUUGAGGAUUCAUUAAAACCCCUGAAAAAGAAAAUGAGGGCCAUCCGUGAGGUUAAAGGGAAAUGUGAUCAAACCGCAGAGCAUAUUAGAGCUCAGGCUGAAAGCACAGCGAGGAGCAUUAAGGAGCACUUUCAGAAGCUUCACCAGUUUCUAGAAGAGGAGGAGGCAGCCAGGUUGGUUGCACUGAGGGAGGAAGAGGAGCAGAAGAGUCAAGUGAUGAAGGAGAAGAUUGGGGCUCUGAGCAGAGAGAUAACAGCACUUUACCGCACCAUUAAAGAUACAGAAAAUGAGCUGAGAGCUGGUAAUGUCUCAUUUCUGCAGAACUACAGAGCUGCAGUGGAACGAGUUCAGCAGCAACCUCUUCCUGAUGAUGCAGAGCUUGCCUCGGGAGCACAGGUAGAUGUGGCCCAGCAUGUGGGCAACCUAAGCUUCAAUGUGUGGGUCAAGAUGAAGGAGAUGGUUUCCUACUGUCCUGUGAUCCUGGAUCCAAACACUGCUCAUCCAGGCGUAAUCCUGUCUGAAGAUCUGACCAGUGUGAGGCAGGGAGAGCAAACCCAGGAGCUUCCUGACAAUCCAGAGAGGAUUGAUCACUUCUUCUCCGUUGUCAGCUCCGAGGGCUUUGACUCGGGCUCUCACAGCUGGGAGGUGGAGGUUGGGGACAAUACGGCCUUCGUGCUGGGAGUGUUAACAGACUCAUUUCAGAGGAAAGGAGUCAUUUGGCCUGCACUGUGGAGGCUGAUGUUCUGUGGUGGUGAAUACAAAAUACUGUCGCCAUUAGACCCGGGGUCAGACGUGCAAGUGACGAGGAACCCGAAGAGAAUCAGACUUCAGCUGGACUUUGACAGAGGAGAGCUGUCAUUUUAUGACUCUGACACAGACACACACAUACACACCUUCACACACAGCUUCACUGACAGGCUGUUUCCAUACAUUAGCACCUGGUGUGACGUCCCAAUAAAGAUAGUGGCACUGAAGAUCUCUGUAACAGUGGACGGUUCGUUGUAAAAUGCCAUGUGCGCUGAUGAACAAGGCUAAAAAAUUUUGGCUGCCAAAGCUAGAACCUGUUAAAACUACAAGUUUUUACUUUUUCACCUCUUCUGUCAUCUGCGUUUCAUUUUGCAAUGCACAAAAAUGCAGUCAAUAUUUAAUAAACUGAUAAUUAGGUAAAGAGGUGCAUGGUAACCUAAUAUUAACCCUGACACUUGUCUUAAAUGGCUUGCUGGUGACCUAGAUGGUGAAAGAAGUGUAACUUUAAAGUAUUUAUUUGUCAUUUUGUAGUUUCUGUAACGUUAUUAAAAACACACCUGCACACUUUGUUUUUUGUUGAGUCCCUUACACUGAUGUAAAUCCAGGUAACACAGAAGAUUGGAGUUUGUACGUGCUUUG